UUGCAUUGUCCACACUAUGGUUGUGGAUACAUCCCUCUACGACCUCCUGGGCGUGCAUGCAGAAGCUAGCGACGACGAAAUCAAGAAGGCAUACCGCAAGAAGGCCAGGGAACACCACCCAGACAAAAACCCAGAUGAUCCCAACGCUGGAGCGAAAUUUCAGGAGAUGGCAGCUGCAUACGAAAUCCUGAGCCAAAGCGACUCUCGGGAAGCAUAUGACAGGUUUGGUCCGGACAGCUUAAAAGGUGGUGGUGGGCCUGGCAUGGACGCUGCUGACAUUUUCUCUGAACUAUUCGGCGGCAUGCACUUCGGUUUCGACUUCGGUCCCGGCGGAGGUCCGCGGAGGAGCAAGGGCGAGGACUCUCUCAUCCCUUACGACGUUACACUAGAGGACUUGUACAACGGCAAGUCUGUGAAGAUGAAUAUGGAGAAGGAGGCUGUAUGUUCAGUUUGCAAGGGCUCAGGGGCGAAGGGGUCUGCGAAACCAAAACAAUGUGUUAAGUGCGAAGGAAAAGGAUUCAACAUUGUUCAGACCCACCUCGGCGCAGGACGUUAUGGCACCUCGCGGGCCAUGUGUCAGGACUGUGGUGGUAGGGGUGAGAAGCUUCGAGAAAAGGACCAGUGUAAGAAAUGCAAGGGCAAGAAGACGGUCAAGGAGAAGACUCGUCAGGAGAUUUUUGUUGAGCGUGGCAUGACGGAUCGACAACGGAUUGUUCUGUCUGGUGCUGGCGACGAAGAGCCAGGGGUACCUCCUGGAGACGUUAUUUUCGUCUUGAAACAAAGGCCUCAUCCGUCGUUCGAACGCUCUGGGAACGAUCUCCUGACGAAAGUCCAUAUCACCUUGUCGGAGGCGUUGCUCGGCUUCUCACGAAUCCUCCUAACACAUCUUGACGGCCGAGGCGUACACGUCUCAAGUACACCUGGCAACAUAUACAAAUCGGGCGACUCCAUUAUGAUCCGAGGAGAGGGCAUGCCCUUCCACAAGAAUCCCGACCAGAAGGGCCUGCUGUAUAUCGUGUUUGAAGUAGAUAUGCCCGACGCGGACUGGCUCAGGACCAUUGAUCACAAGGCACUUGAGGCUCUACUACCGCCCAAAAAGCCAGAGCUAGACCCGAAGCCCUCUGUCGUAGAUGAGGUCGACUUCGAGGAGAGCGACCUCGCCGAUUUUGGUGAUGACGAAAAUGAUUGGGAGGACGAGGAUAACGACGACGACGACAUGGCCGAGCCAGACUGCAGGCCUCAAUGAUUCUGUUCGCAUUCCACUGGCAUCAACGGCCGCAUUUACUAUACAUCUCUGCGUAAUUAUCCGCAUACCCAUCGCAAACAUACACCUUCACUCCACUCGUGACCGACGUCGGGCGGGUGUGAUUCAUAGCCGGCUCAAUUGUCUAUAUCAUGAUACCAUUUCCUGGCUAGCCACAGCGUUUCAUAGCGCUCGCCGUGCCGCUGUCAGGGGCCUUCUAGAUCGGCCGUGGCAAUUAAUGUUGUAGGUUUGCU